UGAUGAGUGUAGUGAAGCAGAUGGUCACUCAGUUAGCCGGCAAAGGUUAGCCGGCAAAGGGUAGCCAGAUUGCUAACCCAAACUAAGAGUUUUACUGUCACGUUAUCAAACAUUGACAUAACGCAGAACUGCCUUGACUUAACCUUAGCGGAAUAAAUCUCAGGUUGCUGUGUCACUCAGUAGGUCAGUUGCCAAGAAGUUUCCACAUGCUUUGACCCCGACAUGCCAAAAAGUGUACUCGCAUGCACACACAGACUUCUGCUGAGCCUCUCUCUAAUAACACAGUCCAGGUACUGCAUGCACACAACCUCCAAAACACACUGCCGCCAGCCACAGCAAACGCACUCGCAGACAUAUUCUAACGGCAUACCACAAACACAGCUACUGGACCCGGGCAAAGGCGCAUUCCGCCACCCCCCCUUCUCCUACCUCUUCUGCUGUUCCGUGCUCCACCCCUUUACAUACCUCUGGAGCUAUGCAGAACGUCUUUGCUCUUUCUGAAAUUUGUAUCUGCAAGCCACAGUGAGGAACACCAUCGCUCUCCCACUGAGCUUCUGAGCCGUGCACCGUGUGACAUAUCUGCAUGAUGGCCAUGGGAUAAAAUGUAUGGAAUAUAUUUUUACCACAUUAUUUUUUUGGACACAAUCUCAUUAUAAUGAUUAUUCCUGCCUCAUCCUCAAUUUUUUGCAAUUCUUUGGCUUUGAACCCAGAAGGUGCUGAACAGCAGAGAUGCUCUCUAAUGAAUCUUUCUGGAUAUCUUUGGCUUCUCUUACACAGUGAGUGAUCAAGAUGAAAACCAUGGAUUACGUGUCCUAUUGGCAUUUAAUAACACAGUACAGUUUGGCUUACAUAUAUAGGAGAUAGUAGCAAUCAUUAAUAUACACUGAUAUAUCUAUAUAUAUAUAUAUAUAUAUAUAUAUACCAGCCAUUCUGCAAAGUAAACCCUUUACCAGAUUGUAAUGGGAGGAGAAGCAAAGCAGAGGGAGGCUUAUGGCCUUCCGCAGAGGAGGAAACCCAAGGAAGAAUCAGAAGAGAGUGACAGCGGGAAGGAUGUGGAGGAAGAGGGCAGAGGUAUGCAGAUCCCUUUGCAUCGCUGGAUAAUGCACGGGGCAGUGAUGUUUGGACGCGAGUUCUGCUACGCUAUGGAAACAGCCCUGGUAACGCCAGUGCUGCUGCAGAUAGGUCUUCCUGAGCAAUAUUACAGUUUAACCUGGUUCCUCAGUCCUAUCCUGGGUCUCCUCUUAACGCCUGUGAUCGGCUCGGCCAGUGACCGAUGUACUCUGUGGUGGGGUCGGAGAAGACCAUUCAUUCUGGCCCUGUGUGUAGGUGUGCUGCUGGGAGUGGCGCUCUUCUUAAAUGGGUCAUUAAUAGGCCUUUCCGUUGGUGACAGUCCCAGCAACCAGCCAAUUGGCAUCGUCCUCACUGUAUUAGGUGUGGUUGUGCUGGACUUCAGUGCUGAUGCCUCUGAAGGACCAAUCAGAGCUUACCUUCUUGAUGUUGCAGACACUGACGAGCAAGAUAUGGCCCUGAAUAUUCAUGCCUUCUCUGCUGGACUCGGCGGAGCGGUGGGCUACAUGCUGGGAGGUCUAGACUGGACUGGCACAGCUCUGGGCCAAGCAUUUAAAUCACAGGAACAGGUCCUCUUCCUGUUCGCAGGCAUCAUCUUCAUUAUCUCUGUCACACUGCACAUGCUCAGUAUCCCUGAGCGACCUUUCGCUCCUUCCAACCAGCUUAAAGUCACAGUAAGUGCGGCGUCUACCAGCCAGUUGUCUUUCAGGCCCGUUGGUCACACGGCACUUUCCCUUGCCGUGAUCGAGGAGGAGGAUGCUUCAGCUCGAGCACCGUCCCGGGAGGACAACGAAUCAGAUCCCGAGGAAGGGGAGAUGGACUUCCUUGCUGUGGAGCGAGUGCGCAGUAAAAGCGAUUCAGUCUUAGCCAUGCCAGAUGCUACGAUCGAGAUGGAUUCUGACCUCGAUCCAGACGCACAACAUUUCCUGCAAGAGGUGCAUCACUUACUAGCAGAGACGCAGGAAGAGCUACAGGAUGUUUUCCAACCAUCAGACCACAUUAUUGGGUCCUCGUCUCCUGCUGGUGAACCAACUACUGAUGGGAUGUUGGUCUUAGAGCCUACAAAUCCAGCUUGGCCUGAGCUUAAGGGUCCAACAAACGGCACUCCUCUCCUUCAGAUCAGUUCUGGCUCACAGACCUCGCACCUGAAAACAAAGCAAGGCAAGCCUCUCAAUGGUGUCAAUGCGGGCUUGUCCUCUUCUGACCACUCCAAUGCAAUGAAAGACCAUGCCUCCACUAGGCUGCAGAGCCGGCCCUCCAACACCUCAGUUUCAUCCCGACCACACCCACACACCUUCUACAGACAGCCCUCCUUCACUUUCUCCUACUACGGACGAGUGGGAUCACAGCGCUAUCGACUGCGAAGGGCAGCGCCACUGAGCCCUCGGCCAAUCACCACCUCCCGCAGUCUGAAUGACCUGAGUGAACUCCAGCGGGAUGCCGACAGGCGGGAGUUGCAGCUGUCAGUUAGCAGUCUGUCAUCUGAGGGCUCCAUCGGUGAGGGAGGACCAGACAAGGGUACAACUGUUCGACUGCUCUGGUUAUCCAUGUUUAAGAUGCCGAGGCAGCUGUGGACAUUGUGUGUGUGUCACCUCCUCACAUGGUUCUCCAUUAUAGCUGAAGCUGUGUUUUACACCGAUUUCAUGGGGCAAGUCAUCUACCACGGAGACCCCACGGCACCAGCCAAUUCCACAGAGAUACUGAACUAUCACAAAGGAGUACAGAUGGGCUGCUGGGGAUUGGUGGUCUAUGCUGCUACUGCUGCUGUCUGCUCUGCAAUCCUUCAGAAGUACCUGGAUAACUUUGAUCUGAGUAUUAAGAUUAUCUACAUUGUUGGAACUCUGGGAUUCUCAAUAGGAACGGCUGUCAUGGCGAUCUUCCCUAAUGUUUAUGUUGCCAUGGUGAUGAUCAGUAGCAUGGGCAUCAUCUCCAUGAGUAUCUCCUACUGUCCCUAUGCAUUACUAGGGCAGUACCAUGAAAUCAAAGAGUACAUUCACCACAGUCCAGCAAACACUAAAAGAGGUUUUGGUAUUGACUGCGCUAUCUUAUCCUGCCAGGUCUAUAUCAGCCAGAUUUUGGUUGCAUCGGCCCUCGGGGCUGUGGUGGAGGCAGUUGGCAGUGUGCGUGUCAUUCCUGCAGUGGCCUCGGGGGGCGCCUUCCUUGGCUUCCUUACUGCCUGUUUCCUCGUCAUUUAUCCUGAUGAUGAGCCCAGCAGCUCCGAGCAGGACUAGGUCGUGGUGGGUUUACCUGGAGAUUCAGACCAAAAUGGAGGAAGGACCAGUGACCAGAGGUUGGCUCUGCUGAACCUCACAGAUGGAGAUAGUUUAAAGAAGACGGAGAAUGAUUCUGUUGCCUGAGCAUUAACUGCCCAAGCCACAUCAUGUGAGGAUUUGAACAAAUGUUUAUGCCUUUUGUGACGGAGGAAAGAUGACGAAAAGAGGGAAAACAGAAAGUUGACUCCCAUCUACAGACAUCUGGGUGGGAUGGAUUUGGAUAGAUUAUGUUUUUGGAGUAGACGACUGAACAAAGGAAAUAAUCUCAGUGUUGGGCUGCUAUGCUUGUCUUAUUGCUACCUCAACCCUUAAACAAAUAACUGUUAAGAUGGCUAGAAGUGAGCCAUUAGUGACUUGUUGAGACUGUUGAAAAAAAAACUUAGCUCAGACUACUGAAAGAAAUGUAAGCCUUUAUUGCGAAAACACAAAUAGGAGACACACAGAGCACUUUCUGUCUUACUUCUGAACAUUAUUGUCACACUGAUGCUGCAGAACGACGUAUUGUGUGAUAUUUUACUUCACAGAAGCUGCUUAAUGGACAAUCAUGGUGCUGUAAAAGAGUGUACUGCAUUACAUGUAGACUGAAUACAGAUGUUAAUAUUUGUUCCAGUCUGUUAAUGGAAUACCUUGGGUUAGGGUUAGGGGUAUUAUAUUGUUGUUUUAUAAAUGCCAGAAAGUUUCCAAGCUACAGUUGAAGCCGUCUACGUUUGUUGUAGACAUAACAAUUUCAUACACUUUUUUUAUUCACUUUUUUUUAUUCACAUUCAUGAUAGAUAGCGAGCUAGUGUGCAGUAUGAAGUGUCCUUUUAUGACAUCUUUUUCCUCGACUGUACAGAAAAGCACAAACAUUCUUAAUUAGAUAUUCUCCUUUCACGCCAUGAUAGGCAAGAAACCUUUUAUCGUAAUGUAGUUAAGAAAUUAAGCCAGCAGCUGUGACAAUGUAUUUUUUGCACUACGGUUGAGUCUACGGAUGGAUCUGAUAUCCACGUUGCCUUUAUUCAAAAUGCCAACCAAAUGAAAUGCAAAGUCUGUCUCAAUAAAGACAGAUUUUUCAUUGCAAUGUAGUGCAAUAGUGUAUCAUGGCCUCUCAAGUUUUACCGUAAGCGUUUUUGGGUUUAAGUGUGAUUUGUAUUAGAGGUAGCAUUCAUUUAGCUUUCUAUUGAAUAAUUCAAAAAGUGUUUUUUGAAAUGAUGAAAGAUGAUUCCAAAUACAGUUGAAAUGGGGAAACAUGUCCAUCAAGGCACAUGCAGUAUGUCAUAUCCAGUCAAUCCAAAAACAACAGAAAUACUCUAAAGUUUCUGAUUGUAUUGGAAGCCAAAUGACCCGAGCCCACAUUAGAGUAGCCGGUGUGCCAUGCUGAUCAUCGGACGGCCGUGAAACUGUCCUGCUGUACAGAAAGGACGGAUAAAAAGAUAAAUAGCUCCCAUACUGCCAGGCUUCAGUUUACAUCAGAAUAACAAACCUGAGCGGUGGCAGAGAGAGUCUGUGGAGGAUUAUUGUGAACAUUGAACAGCAUGCAAGAUAAUGUUUAGCAUAGUCCCUACCACACCUAAACAUAUUGUAAAAAGCUACAGACUUAGGUACAAUCUUAAUUGAACAGCAUAGGCUCAGAACCUCAUCAUUCUUGAAUAUGCAAGUUAGUAUAAAUGCCCAAAUCAGCCUUAAGUUCACUAAUAUUAUUCAUUUUAAUUGGGAAGGUUUAAUGUCACACGGUCUGAAACUGUUCCAUAAAGCUGUAAUGCUGCAUAACUUAAUUGGUAGAGAGGACCAUAUCUAUGCAAGGCCAACAACUGAUCUAUGCACAUUUGAAAUGUCCUUGGCGGAGAUGUUGUGAACGUUGAAGACGUUAAAGAGGUUUAUUAUCUUUGGACCCUUGAAAGACUUCUUUACUUUGUUUAUGAACACUGCCAACAGUAUUUCUGGGGACCUUGUAUCCUGCUAGCUAUGCCAUUGCUUUGCCUGUCAUGACAGAAAAGUGAUUGCUAUAGUGUGUGGUCGCUAUCACCGAGGACUUAAGAUCUUAAGUCUCGGGAUGAACAAACACCACUACAUAUUGAAGGGAAAGUGUUUAGAAAAUAAACACAAAAUGAUAUAAUUAAUCAAUAAUUUCCCUGUAAAUAAUGCAGAGAUUCUGCUUUUGUGUGACAUGGGGUGUGGGAAUUGUUGUGGGCCUGUUUUUAUAAAAGCAGCUGUUAAAUAAUAUUGUUAGUUGUAUUAGUUAUUUUGCUAAUACUUUGUGAGGUACCGUUGCCUUUAUUCCUUCACUGGUUCUGUCGACACAAUAAAGCUUUCUUUUUCACUUUCUUUCUUUUUAUCAGAGGACCAGAAAAAAAAAUGUUCAUUCCUUUUACAUUAACUUAGUUUUAGUUCAAUGAGUAAUUUAACUUCAGCUGGUCUAUAUGUUUCCAUCUCACCACUUGUAGUGCCAAACUACCGUUUUAAAUAAUAAGAGCUUCUUGGAACAGGCCCCUGGUUUAUUGAAAUUGUUUUGGUUUUAUACAAAUGUUAAGACUUUAAGGAUGCUAUUCUAUGUUUUGGUUUGAAAGUCACUCCCUGGUGUGUUUUGUUUUUAAGGGAUUUAUGAAUAUUUUUGCUGCUACACAGACUUUUGUACAAUGUAGACAAGGUAUUUUUGUACCACUUAUUUGUAAAAAGAGAAUGAAUGCACCUUCCCUUGUGUCUGUGUUUUUAAAUGACUCGCUCAAA